AUGGCAACCUCAAACUACAUUACCAAAGUAGCCAUAGUUGGCGCUGCUGGCAACAGCGGCAAGUUCAUGACUGAAGCCCUCCUCAAGACAGGGAAACACACCAUCACAGCAAUUACACGACUCGACAGCGAGAGCAAGUUCCCAGACGGUGUUAUCGUCAAGAAAGUCGAUUACGAGAAACCAGAGACUCUGGUCGAAGCUCUCAUAGGGAACGAGGCGUUGGUCAUUACCCUGAGUGGUUUCGUUCGAAAGGAAAGUCAGAUGCAGUUGAUCAAUGCUGCUGGGGAAGCAGGCGUACCAUGGAUCCUCCCAAACGAAUGGUCCCCAGACACCGCCAACGAAGCCCUCGUCAAAGACGCAAUUCCUCAACCCCCUUCUUUCCACAAAUCACAAACUAACAUCCCAGCAGUAACAACCCGCAGAGCAACCUCAGACCUAGCCAAAAGUUCCUAUAUCGCAGUCUCAACCGGCUUCUGGUACGAAUGGAGUCUCGCCAUGGCCGCAGCGUUCGGAAUCGAUUUCGCCAAUCGAGCCGUGACGUUCUUUGAUGAGGGCGAGACUAAGAUCUCGGUUUCGACUUGGCCACAGGUCGGUCGAGCAGUCGCCGCUCUACUCAGUUUGCCCGUCAAGUCUGACGAGACAGCCUGUCUUGAGAACUUCAAGAAUAAAGUAGUGUAUAUCAAUUCCUUCACCGUGAAUCAGAGAGAGAUGCUCGAGUCCGCUCUCCGGGUAACUGGGACCAAGAAGGAGGACUGGAGCGUCACGAAAGAACCUGCAAAGGAGAGAUACGCGAGUGGUCUCGAGGAGAUCAAGGAGGGAAAGCGAAUUGGGUUUGCGAAGAUGAUGUAUACGAGGGUCUUCUUCCCGGAUGGAUGUGGUGACUUUGAAAAUGAGAAGGGGACGCUGAAUGAGGUGCUUGGAUUGCCGAAGGAAGAUAUUGAUGAGGCGACUAAGGCUGCGAUCGAGUGGUCCAAGAGCUCGAAUUGGGUUGGUUGA